AUGGAUUUCGAAUUCCCUCAAUUAUUGAACCCAACUGAUAACGAACCCUAUAUUCUUGUUUCUGAGUCAAAGGAAGUGUUGAAUAGCAAGUUAUUGACAGCUAGACAUGUAAGUCAAAGAUUACAUGAAACUGGAGGAAAGUCUGAAUUAGUUGUUAUUGAAGACUUUUUAUAGUAAAAAUGGCAUACAUAAAUAAAUUAGGGAUUUGACUAAAAAGUCUCCAUUAGCCUAUGUUCCAGAUGCUGAAUCAUAAUAGCUUGUUCAAAAUUAUAAUACAUAAAAAAAAGCUUAUGAGAGAUAAGUUCAAGAACAAGUUAGCUCUUUUAAAUAACUAAAUUAAAAACUAUAGCAAGGGUAUGAAGAUGCUUGCAAUAAUAUUGUGUCUAAGUUGGUGGGAAGCGCAUAAGGCGAAGGUAACAAUGUGUAAAGAGCAUUUGAUUCCUUGUAGACAGUCUUAAGAAGUGAUCCUGAAUAGGAGGCUACAAUUCCAAAGCCAAAAGAAAUAGUAGAUAAAGUAUAAUAGAAUUAAAAAUAAAUAGAUUUCUGAAUUGAGAGCAGCCCCAGAAUUACCAGAAUACUUGUUUGCAACAACAAAAAAGGUGAGAGCUUGGAGAAAUGCCCCAAAUGAAUUGUGUGUGUGGAAUAAAACCAAAGAACAAUUCUAUAGAGAUAAUUUGGAAUAAAGUUUAAAUUAGGCUGUUUAGGACAAAACAGAAUUAGCUUUAAAGUUUUGGAAUUCAUAAAUUAAGAAAUUAGGAGAUCAAUUAUUAAACAUCAUCUAAGAAGACUCUUCAAUUCAAUAACAAAAUUUCGUUAGUCUUAAUAUUGAGACAGCUGAAGCAUUUGCAUUACUGUUAAAUACAAUGAUUACUCCAGAGACAAGAAUAAUACUCCACAUUGGUGAUUUUACCUUGGAGGAAUCAAAAUCUAUUGCAGAAUCAAUAUAAAAGUUAACAGGCAUUUUGAAUUUACAAAUUAAUUGGAGAGUGAGUGGAAAAGCUUAAGGAUUAUCACAUAUUGCUUAAGGUAUAUAAUAUUUAAUAUAACAAUAGCAAUAUCAUAGGCAGAAUAAUUAAAGGUGUUGACUUUUGAAUUCUCCUCAUAGGUCUAAGUAAACGCAGCAAAAGAAUUCUUUACCGAAUUUAAGAAUGUGAAAUUACCUAAUUUAGAGGAAGUAAAUGUAUUGGCAGAAUAAUCUAAUGUUAAUGCAGCAGUCUAACAUAUUUCUAAAGCUGUGAAAUCUAUUGGAGGAAGUUAAGUUACAAGAGUGUUAUUCAAUUUCAGGUAGAUUAUAAUCAUAAUAUUAUAAGUCAAUCUCAAGUGGAUAAUAAAUCAGCUCAAUAAUUGGGAGAUGCCUUGUCAACAUACAAAGGAGUCAAGAAGCUGACACUUAACUUCUCAGGAUACUCAUUACAAAGUAAUGCAAUCAAAGAUGAUGGAUUUGCUGGAUUAAUCCAACAGGUAACCAAUUUCGCAGAAACUCUUGUUGAAUUGACAAUUAAUGUCGGAAGAAAUUAAUUAACUGAUAAUUCAUUGGCAAACUUAAAUAAAUAAUUCUCUGCAUCUAAAUGGGUUUCAUUAAAGAGUGUUAAUAUCAGUGUUCAUUAUAAUAAAAUUACUGAAUAAGGAGCUCGUAAACUAGGCAAAGUAUUUCAUUGUCUUUAUUAAAUUAGUUCCUUCAUAAUUUGCCUAUUUUGGUUAACCUUUCGGUCAAUUUGAACUCAACAGAAGUUAAUUAGAAGGGUUUAAGCUUUAUAAUUAAUUAAUUGGGCCCAUAAGUAAAUGCUUAGAUUUAGGCCAAACAAUCCAAUGUUAGUUAAGAAGAAGCAGCAGAAUUAGAUGGAAAAGGAGCAUCCUUGAGUAUUUGAUAUGGUUAAUUAAUUGGAUUAGCA